AAAAGAGGGUCACUACCCACACUAUCCACUCCAAACACUCCGUCGACACACAGAGGUGAAACCAAACUUCAUGUCACUAUCAUACAAGACAAUGGUUUCUGAUAUCUUCAAGUCGCAUGCAUACAUAGGUAGGGCCUCUCAACCAUUUUCGAAGUUUGGUUUUGAAGUACUUGCGGUGCUGGCAUGAGCGUACUGUUCUGCUGUUUCUCAUUCAAUCGUUUAUGCAUUACUUAUUAUUCUCACCCGUCUUUCAGAAGUCACCUCAUGGCGACUAGUAGAGCGCCUGAGGUGGACGUCGUUGCUGCACUAUUUUUGACAUUGACCUGGGUUACAACGGCUUUGAGAUGCUACGUGAGGGGGUUCAUGGCCAAGUCUUUCGGGAUAGAGGAUUGGUUUGCUAUACUUGCACAGCUGCUGUUCACUUUAACUGCUAUUUUUGUGCUUGAAGGCAUUAGUCACUCCUUGGGAAAACAUCUCAUCGAUAUCUCGCUCCAGAACCUCGCGCCAGCAAUGAUGUACUGGUUCUCCACCGAAUUAGCCUACACAAUGACAACCGGCGUCCUCAAACUUUCAAUCGCAUUUUUCCUUCUUCGCAUCGCAACCAAGAAAUCCCAUCGCAUAAUCCUCUACUCGAUAAUCUGUCUCGUCGCCCUUCUCACCAUCGCCUACUUCCUCUUCCUAGUUUUCCAAUGCAAACCCGUAUCCUACUUCUGGGAGCAAUUCGGCGGCGAGACCGGAAUUUGUCUUGCUCCCGCCAUAGUCGGAGACAUGACAUACACCCACUCAGGCGUCAACGCAUUCUGCGACGUGAUCCUCGCCCUCUGACCCAUCGUCAUCGUAUCCCAGCUCCAGAUGAACAUCAGAACCAAACUCACCGUCUCAGCAAUCCUCUCUUUAGGCAUCUUUAAUAAUUCGCAUCCCCUACGUCAAAACGCUCGUCGACAACGCCUCCGACUUCCUCUUCU